GUGUCAUGGCGACGAAGUGCGUUCCUUGCGUACGUUGCUGAGAUCCGGCAGCUGAGUAGACCACCUUUUUUAUUAAUAACUUCUACUAGCUGCCAGCUGCAUCUGAAGGAUCCGGGAGACCCUCGAGCCACGCAAUGGAGGCAGUGACUUUGGAGGAUGUAACUUUGAGCUUCUCCAUGGAGGAGUGGGCUUUGCUGAAUCCAUCCCAAAAGAAGCUCUACAGAGAUGUGAUGUGGGAAACUGUUAUGAAUAUGACAGCUAUAGGACGGACCUGGGACAACCAGCAAAUUGAAGAAGAAUACAAAAAUUGUUCAAAAAAUCUAAGAAAUGAAGAGAUAGCAAAGUGCUAUCAACAUAAAGCUUGGACUCAACAUGAAAAUAUAUUCCUUUGGACUCCAGAUGCUAGUGUGGUUAUGCAACAAGCUGCUUUGACGCCAGCUGAAAGUUUUGCUUGUAGAAAGUCCCUAAUUGGGCAUUUAUCACAAAAUGUGCCCACUUUCCCUCAUACUGGACUCAAGCCACAUGAAUAUUUGGGAUUUGAUAGCAAGCUGAGUAAAUGCAAUGAGCAUGGAGAAAUCUACAGUGAUUUCCAGUCCUUUCAGAAGCCUGGAAGGACAAAGACUGGAGAGAAACCCUGUCAGUAUGAGCAAUGUGGGAAGACCUGCUCUGAGCUUAGUGAAAUAACACACCCCGAAGACAAGACCUUCAUAGGAAAGAAAAAUGUGAAAGCUUCCAGUAGCAUGAGUGGUGUUCAACUCUAUGAAAGAAUUCACACUGAGAAGAAACCUUAUGUGUGCAAGCAAUGUGGGAAAGCCUUCAAUACUCAAAGUUGUUGUAAAAUUCAUGAAAGGUUUCACCUGGAGGAGAAACCCUAUGUAUGUAAGCAAUGUGGGAAAGCUUUCCGCACACACAGUAACUGUCAAAUACAUGAAAGAAUUCACACUGGAGAGAAACCCUAUAUGUGUAAGCAGUGUGGAAAAGCUUUCAGCAGACACAGUCACUGUCAAAUACAUGAAAGGACCCACACUGGAGAGAAACCCUAUAUGUGUAAGCAAUGUGGGAAAGCAUUCAGCAGAUACAGUCACUGUCAAAGACAUGAACGAAUUCACACUGGGGAGAAACCCUAUGCAUGUAAGCACUGUGGGAAAGCAUUCAGCACACACACUCACUGUAAAAGCCACGAAAGAAUUCACACUGGGGAGAAACCUCAUACAUGUAAGCACUGUGGGAAAGCAUUCAGCAGACAUAGUCAGUGUCUAAGCCAUGAAAGAAUUCACACUGGGGAGAAACCCUAUGUAUGUAAGCAAUGUGGGAAAGCAUUUAGCACACAUAGUAACUGUAAAAGCCAUGAAAGAACUCACACUGGGGAGAAACCCUAUGUAUGUAAGCAAUGUGGAAAAGCAUUCACAAAUCACAUUUAUUACCGAAUACACGAAAGAACUCACACUGAAGAGAAAUCCUAUGUGUGUAAACAGUGUGGUAAAGCAUUCAUUACACACAAAUAUUGUCAAAGACAUGAAAAAACUCAUACAGGGGAGAAACCCUGUGUAUGUAGGCAAUGUGGAAAAGGAUUUGUUGAUAAGUCCGCACUUUGUAAACAUAGAAAAACUCACAGUGGUGAGAAACCAUAUGUAUGUAAGCAAUGUGGAAAAGCAUUCAGCUUACACAGUAGCUGUCAAAGCCAUGAAAGAAUUCACACUGGGGAGAAACCCUAUAUAUGUAAGCAAUGUGGGAAAGCCUUCCGCACAAGCAGUCACUGCCAGAGACAUGAAAGAACUCACACUGGGGAGAAACCUUACAUAUGUAAACAAUGUGGGAAAGCAUUCACUACACACAAUUAUUGUCAAAUACAUGAAAGAACUCACACUGGAGAGAAACCUUAUGUGUGCAAACAAUGUGGGAAGGCAUUCCUUACACAUCAGUAUUGUCGAAUACAUGCAAGAACUCAUACCGGGGAGAAGCCUUAUUUGUGCAAGCAUUGUGGAAAAGCUUUCACUACAAAGAGUUCUUACAACAAUCAUGAAAAAAGGCACACAGGGGAGAAACCAUAUGUGUGCAAGGAGUGUGGAAAAACAUUUACUAGAAAGAGUUCUUAUAGCAUACAUGAAAAAAGUCACACAGGGGAGAAACCUUAUGUGUGCAAGCAAUGUGGGAAGGCAUUCACUACACACAAAUAUUGUCAAAUACAUGAAAAAAUUCACACAGGUGAGAAACUCUACGCAUGUAAGCCAUGUGGAAAAAGAUUUGCUAGUGAGUCUUCAAUUUAUAGACACAGAAGAUCUCACACUGGAGAAGAGUCCUAUGUAUGUAAGUAAUGUAGAGAAAGCAUUCAGUGAACACAGUUUUUAUCAACUAUAUGAAGUCACACUGGGGAGAAACCCUAUACAUGUAAGA